AUGGAAAGCAGCAAGUUAAUUUCGACUGAAAAAGUUACAGUUGUCAUCCAAAGAAAUCCACAGGUGACACAAAAUGCUGUUAUUAGUGAUGACGGACAGGAGGGCAGUGGAUCACAUCACGAUAUGUCUCUUCGGGGAUUUUUUAAAGUACAACCAAAGGCACUGGGGACUGUCCACAUACUGACUGGACUCGUGCUUUUCUUAUUUGGUAUCUUACGGACCACAAUCUAUGGACACCCUGGAACAAAUCUCUCUGUUAUUAGUGGCAUCACCUACUGGGGGUCUCUUGUUUACAUCAGUGCUGGAUCUCUGUCCGUUGCGGCCCAGAACAAACUUAAUGCAUGUGUGGCGAAGGCCUCACUUACAGUGAAUGUGAUCAGUACUAUGACUGCAGCUGUCGCAGUUACACUGAUGUCCAUGGAGUUACUACUCAUUUCAGUCAUCAUCUCCAUCUGUAUCUCAGAAUGUGCCUGGAAAGCCAGCUGUAACAGAUUAAAUAAGUGA